AUGUGGUCUACUACCGAUGAUGUGGAAGCACGGCUUGUUGUGCCUCCUAUCUCGCGCACCAUGGUCAGCACGGUCGACAAAUUCGGAGUGGGCCUGAAGACUCUGAUUUCUGCUUGGUCAUUUAGGAUCACCGCGCUCAAAGAAGGAUUGUACCCCGUGCUUCAGCACAUACGAGAAGUGCUCACUUGGAAGAAGUGUGCCUGGACCUUAGGGAUCGUACUCUACUUCAGCCUCAGGUUGGUGAUGGGCAUCAUCCACAAAUUCUUUCGCCACUCACCACACUUACGCGUGUCAAGCGUGGCGAUGGUCGAGAACAUUAUUCGUCUAACGCUCGACAACGCUGUGAGUGCAAUAUUCGUGUUCAUGAUGUCCCGUUUCGCCGUUCAAUUCGGUUGGCUCCGUUUUGUCGCCAGAAUUUCAGAACAUUUCUGGAGAAAGCGAUUUGCCCCAGAGGGAUGGGCGUUUGCCAAAUUUGACUAA